AAGUGGAGCAGAUUGGCCAAGGAACCAGAAUUACCUCCUGCUUGCAAAAUGUGUUUGAAUAAUAAUGAGAGUGUUGAGGCCAUUUGAGAAGACUGUAGGUGAAGAGAAUGUUGUUAGAGCUUGGAGGCUGACAGCUGAGGGGCCAUUUCUGCAGAGCUUGCAAGGCCAAAUGUCUCAGGCCAUGUGUUCUGUCAGCAGCCCCCAGCGAGCAGAGCAGUGGGCUGUGGGAAUGGCACUUGCUGAGCUCUGGUGUCCCAUCCCAAGGCAGUUUGGCACAGCCCGGCUCCGUCGCUCCAAAAAGACUCGCUCCGUGUUUGCUGCGGCCUCCUGCCACAGACUCCUCCAGUUAAAGGUCUGCAAUGUCCCUUCAGGCGGCCAUAAAGAAAAUGAGUCUCAGAGGGCAGAACAGGGAACGAGCGGUGAAUGAGCUCCUGCUCCUGAAGGACAAGAAGAACCCCAACAUUGUCAACUCUUUGGACAGCUUCCUUGUUGAUGGAGAUCUCUGGCUGGUGAUGGAAUACAUGGAUAGAGGAACUUUGCAGGACAUUGUCAGACAGACAGGCAUGGCUGAAGGAGAGAUGGCAGCUGUCAGUCGGGAGUGUCUGCAGGGCCUGGAUUUCCUCCAUGCGAACCGGGUGAUCCACAGAGAUCUGAAGAGCUCCAACAUCCUUCUGGGAAUGGACGGCUCUGUCAAGCUGGCUGAUUUUGGCCUCUGCGCUCAGCUCAGCCCUGAGCAGGACCAGCGCAGCUCCAUGGUGGGCACUGCUCACUGGAUGGCCCCAGAAGUUGUCACCAGUUCUCCUUAUGGCCCCAAGGUGGACAUCUGGUCCUUUGGCAUUGUGACCAUCGAGAUGGUGGAAGGAAAACCUCCUUACUUCAAGGAAACGAGGGCCAUGGCCCGUGCUCUGAUCCAGCAGAACGGGACCCUGCAGCUGCAGGAGCCCUGGCGCCUGUCGGCUCUGCUGCGGGACUUCCUCGAGUGCAGCCUGGAGCCGGACGAGGAGCGGCGCUGCUCUGCCCAGGAGCUGCUGCAGCACCCAUUUUUAUCAUCAGCCAAGCCUCUCUCCAGCCUGACCCCUCUGAUCACCGCAGCAAAGCAACUGAGGGAGCAGCGGAGGAGAUGAAGCACUGGAGGACACCUUUUAGUUACAGUAGUUAGUUAGGACAACUAGUUAGUCAUGGUAGUUAGCAGUGCUAGUUAUGGUUAUGGUAGUUAGGACAGCCUGUUUGUUAUGGCUCUUAUGACAGCCUGUUUGGUAUGGGAGUUUUUUGAAUAAAAAUUCUCUUAAACCUCAA